UUUUAGUAGAAGUAUUUUUUAAAUGUAUUUUGUUUAAUUUUUCUUAAUUUAAGUAAACUAGGUUUUUAUGUGUAUUUUUGCUCGAAAUUCUGCUUUUGUUGUUCUUCUUCAUCUUCUUAGUAACACGAUUUUUGUUGAGCAUAAUUUUGUUUUUGUUGAUUUCGAGUUUAGCUGAUUUUUGUGGAUUUUGAUUUCGAAUUAAUGCCUGUUAGGAAUGCGAAUAGCUAAAAUGCGAAUUGUGUGUGUGUGUUUGUGUUUGGAGUAGUUAAUUUGAAUUUUGAGUAAUUUGAAGUGUUUUUAGUGGAUUUGUGAGUGAAUUCGGGAGAGUUUGGAGUAGUUAAUUCGAAUUUUGAGUAAUUUGAAGUGUUUUUAGUGGAUUUGUGAGUGAAUUCGGGAGAGUUUGGAGUAGUUAAUUCGAAUUUUGAGUAAUUUGAAAUGUUUUUAGUGGAUUUGUGAGUGAAUUAGUGAGAGUUUGGAGUAGUUAAUUCGAAUUUUGAGUAAUUUGAAGUGUUUUUAGUGAAUUUGUGAGUGAAUUAGUGAGAGUUUGGAGACAUAAAUUAGCUACACUGGUUCCUGCUUCCACUUGGUGUCCAACUCGAUUUGUAUUUUCCCGUGUUCCGUUUGGUGUAGGCAACAGGAAUGGUCAUCAAUCUCUUGCUAAUGAUGAUCUGGAAUUGAGACCUGACCAACAUGGUGACAUGUUUGGAGAUGGACUAACUGCCUUGGUUGCAUUGGUGUUCCUUGAUGCUGUUGUGUUUCUCUCUUACAACCUGUCUUUUCUUAUUUGUGAUUUGAAGUGGUUUCAGCUGCAUCAAAUGUCAUUAGGUUCCUACAUGAAUUAUUUGCCUUUUGCACUUAGAUAAAUUUUCUGGUGUUUGUGAUAUUGAUGCAAAGACUCUUUCCACAUCAACCGUAGAAAGAAAGAAAGAAAGAAAGAACAUAAAGUAUGAAGAAUGCUUCCUGGUUUAAGAUACUGACUUUGAUUCUAUAUGUCCGAUUUUUGGUGUUGAGCAGAUUGCUUAAGCGACUAACCCAGGAACAAACAUCUGGGGUGGAUUUGUGAUAGAUUGCUUCUGAUCAUGCUAAAUCGACAUCUACAUGACUUUCUUGACUGUUGAAAAGUGUACUUCUAGUCUGACAUAUGUGCAUGGUUAAUUUGACUCUGUACUGGAUUUUGCUUCAAAAUUUCUGAAUUAGGCCUGUUUUGAACUUGAAUCAAGGUAGCCAGAAUUCGAGGAUUUGGAUACCUUAGUUUGAUCUGAUUUUCACUGCCCUGACCUGACUUGAAUUGAUUUUUUUAUUCGUAAACAAAUUGGUUGUCAAAAGACAUAAAUAUGAAUAUGACCUGAACUUGUUCUAAACCAAACCAAAAUAAACUGAAUCUUUUUGGAGGGGUGUUGGACUAUGUUAUUUUUGAAGUUUUGUUUUAAAAAAAGGUCACUAUGCCAUAAAAAGAGGCAACUACUUUGGUUUCUUUUGUUUAUCUUUUUGUAUGUCUUGUUACAGGGUGCAACAAGGAUUUUCAUUCGAUUUGGAUUAGAUUUUAUAACUAUGGUGAGAACUAGAGGUGGUGCUACUUUUAAAAAAAGGAGAGGCCUUCGUAGCUCAACAGGAGGAGUUAAAUUGAAAGAUACAGGAGCAUGUAUCAAUCUCGAUCAUGAAGAUGAAGAGCAUAUUGAUGGUGGAAGCAAAAUGAUCGAUGAUGAUACUAACAGAGAUAAAGAUGCUUGUAUUGAAAAAGGAUUGAAAAAGAAAGCUAUCACUAAGAAAAAGAAACCUUCUAACAUUGAGAAUGCUAUACCUUUGUCAACUGUGAUGGAAGGAAAGAAGGGGAAUAAGUCUUCUUCUUCACAUGCUAUUGUUUUGCCAGCUAAGAAGAGAAAGUUGGAUGAAAAUGAAGGUCUUAAAGUGAAGAAAGUGAAGGCAAAUAAGGAUAAGAACAUUGUGAUUCAUAGGCAAGAAUCUGCAAUCAUAGAUAGUGAUGUACAUAUGGUGCAACGAGGAUUUAAAACACGUUGCAGGCCAUUUCAUUUAGUAGAGAUGAUUAAAACUUUUUCAGAUGAUCAAAUCAAGGCUGUUAAAGAAAUUGGCUUUGGAGGUUUGUUAUCUUUGAAGGUGAAACGAACUGCAACUGAUAUGCUAUCAUGGUUGGUAGAUUGUUUUGAUCAUGGUAGCUGCAUGUUUACUAUUGAUGGUAAAAAAGAUUUUGUUGUGACUGAAUUUGAUGUGUAUGAUGUUUUUUGCCUUCCUUGCAAAACAUCUAAGAAAGUUGAAGAAAUUUCUCGUUGUGCUAAUGUCAUCAACCCUGAUUAUGAUUUAAAGGUUAAAUGGAGGUCUCAUUUUGGUCUUAUGGGUGAGAAUGAUCAGAUUCCUUUGGGUUUUUUGGAAUCUAAGAUCCCUUUACUAGUAGAUGGUGGGGAAGAAUUCAGACAGCUUUUUAUCAUGCAUGCUUUUUCAAGUUUUUUAGCACCUACGUCCAACAGAACUGUGGAUUUGAGAAUUGUAAAAUGUUUGGUUGAUGUUAAUCAAAUAAGAAUUUAUAAUUGGUCAAAAUAUGUCUUAGAUAGACUUUGUGAAGCUGUGAAGAGCUACAAAGAAGGAAAUAUAGAAUGGUUUUGUGGUUGUGUUUUGAUGUUAGAGAUUAUCUAUUUUCAUCGAUUGAGGUUUAGGAAUGUUGUGUUAAAUUCUACAAUACCUUUAAUUCAACAUUGGACUGAUGUGGAUAUAAGAGAUAGAAUUAGAAAUGAAAAGUUGUCCAAGGGUUUUGGGUGUGGAAUUCUUGAGUUUGAUACAUAUCCAGUGAGUGAGAAGUUGCAAUUUGAGGAUGGACAAGUUGUUUGUAAUCAAUUCAAGGAAGCUCCUGUGAAUCAAACUUCUGGAAAAGAAUCUGUUGUUUAUGAAGGUGUCCGUAGCAAUGUUAAGGGUGUUAUUCAGUUUGAGCUACCUGCCAGUUCAAUGUCUAAUGAGGAAAUCCGUUCAAUUGCUAUUGAUGUAAGUAUUUUACCCUUUAAUUCUGUCUGUCUGUUUAGUUUUUUCUUUUUUUUUUUUUUUUUUUUUUUUUUGUCACAAAUUAUUUUAUUAAAAUCUAAGUGCUACAUUUUUUUUUCACAGGAAGUUUAUGAGAAGUUUUUGCUCAUGAAAAGAGAUUUAGAAGUGGUAUCUAACUUCUACAUGAAUGAGUUGAAAGUGUUAUUUCAGACUCGUAAAUCUAAUGAUGCUUCAACUUCGACACCUCCAAUGUCCCAAACUGAUUUAUUCUUUAUGAAUCCUCGUGUUCAUGAAAUUGUUGAUGAGAUUGUGUCUCUUGUAAAUUGGGUAAGCAAAGUGCCUAAUGGUUUGGAUGAUGAUGAUAUUGAUGAUAAUGGUGCACCUGCAAAAGAGAUUAAUGUUGUAGUUGGUGAGGUUCCAAGGAUAGGUUUUGAGCAUGUUUUGAGUAAUGGAAAAUCUAAAUGCUCCCUUGCUAUGGAUGUUAGUCUCUUUGGUGAUAAAGUUACAUAUGUAACUGAAUAUAUGAAGUCAAGUAAUAAGGAUAUGAAGGUUUUGGAUGCAGUUGUCCAGGAACUUGUUGACUACUGCAUUAGUGAUUAUCAUGGUUUCGAUCUCAAUGAGGUGUUGGUAUCUUUUGGCAAACCAUUUGAGAUUACAAGGAAUGAAUUCCUUUCAUUAGGUGCACCGGCUAUUGCUAUAUCUUCUGUUAUUAUUGAUUGUUGGGCUAUGUUGCUUAAUGAAAACCAGAAGAGUAGUGCACAUGGACCUCAAAAACUAUAUUUUGGUGUUUCUCAAAGUGUAAGUAUCUUUCGGCUAUUUAGUUACUACAUCAUUAUAAUGGUAGUUGUUCAUUAUAAAAAAUUCAUAAAUUAAUUUCACUAUGUAUUGAAAACAGUCACUAUGAUUCAUAAAUUAAUUUCACUAUGCAAUGAAAACAGUCACUAUGUAAUGCAAGUAAUUACAUUUAAGAAAAAUAACUCUACCUUCUAAUUUUUUUAAUAUUUAUUAAUGUUUGUUCUUUUUUAGGCUUUUUUUACUGAAAGUUGCAAACACAGAUAGUAACACACAAGACAUUGACAAGCUAUUUGACAUUUGGUCAAGAUGGUUGUUCAUUCCUUGCAAUGAUUUUGAUAUUGCAAAUGUUGAGUUGAUAUUUGUUCCUAUACUCUUGAAUGAGCACUUUUUCCUAAUUGUUGUGAAUUUGAAGGAAGAAAAGCUUCAGUUCAUAGAUAAUAUGAGUUAUGAUACAAAGUACAUGAGUGAGGUUGAGAAGUUCUCUGAUGUUCUGAGUGAUAUGCUGAGUACUUUUCUUGAUCAACGCCUUCCUCAAAGUAAUGACUCAGUGAAGAACAUGAUUGAGUAUACUUUGGAGUCACCUUCUGUAAAUUGGAAGUCUGGAAAACAGAAGAAUAAUGAUAGUGGCAUUUAUACUAUGGUCAGCAUGCUUUACUUUGAUGGAGCUGAUGUGUUCGACUGCAAUGUUUUGAAAACGGUUAUCUCGUCUCAUUUUUUUUAUUUGGCUUUCAAUUUUUAUUAUAUUAACUAUUUCCUCCAUGGAAUUUAACUAGCUUUUUUAUUCUAAUUUUUGCUUAAAUUUAGGUUUCAACUAGACGGACAUUGAGAGCUCAGAUUGCUGCUACUCUGGUAUUAUCUGAUAUGAACAUUGUCAGAGAUGAAGUUCUUGAAAAGCUAUCUGAAUUCAGAUUAAUAAGGAGUCAAGUUGCAAAAGAUGUUUUUGAUGGGAUUAAGAAGAAAACAAAGCAAGGUAAAAAGGAAAAGAAAGUAUAGGCAGACUAACGAAUAUGUGGAUGAAGUUUUUUGCUCGGAAGUAUUUGUAUUUUGCACAGAAGUAGGAAAUCUAAUGUAAUGAUGUAGUUUGCAUCAACAAAUGGAUAAUCUGACAAAAUUGUAUAAGUGUUAAUAUAGAACAAUAUGAUAUGAUUCCAGUUCAUACAAAGCUUUUGAAUUGGUGGUAUUGGUAGUUCUUUUGAUAUGUAAUCUUUAAUUGACAUUCAAGAAAGUUUAGUGAAAUAUAUAUUAGUUAUAAAUUUGGCGCCUAUGUUAUAAAAAAAUGGUACCUAUGUUAUUUAAAAAGGUUUCUAUAUGAUAAGGUCACUAUGUAUUUAAAAAGGUAUCUAUGUUAUUUAAAAGGUUUCUAUAUUAUAAGGUCACUAUGUAUUUAAAAUGUUAUUAGUUCAAUGUGUUAGGUAAAAGUGUCGUAUUUAUAUUAAUCUAUUCUUAAGCUAUUCAUUUAGUAUAUCAAUUAAAAGAACGAGCCCCUCCUUCCCUAACUUUGUAUUGGCUUAAUCGAUGUGGAUUAGAAGAAUUGUUAAAAUGUGAGUAUUUUUUAUACGGUUGUUAUAUCAUAAUAAAGGUCAUUAUAUCACUAAAAAGGUUAUCACGGAAUAAGGUGUCAAUACGAUGAAAAAAAGUCACUAUGACGUUAAAAACACAUACUAUAAUAUAAAUUGAAGUUAUCAUAUGCCAAUAUGUCACUACAUCAAAAUAACAAUAUAAAGGUCAAUAAAAAGUUUAACAAUAAAAGGUCACCCUAUCAAUAAAAUUUGAGCAAUAAAAGGUCCCUGUUUAAUAUAUGUGAAACAAUAACAAUCACUAUAUCAAUAAAAAGGGCACUAUAGCACUAUGUUCUUUCUUUCCUCUCAUCUCCUCUAUUUCAGCACUAGGCUGUCAGUAGCCGAUGUUGCUUCUUGUAAAUAUGAAGUGGUUUUGCA